UCUCUAAAAAAACAAACAUCUCGUUUGCGGAAUCCGAGCAUCCUUCUCUUCUUCUCCGAAUCCAUCUCGAAAACCCUCGCUAUUCUCCCAUUGAUUUGCUGCAAAACGAGGGUUUCAGUCAUGUACUUCUGCUCUUGCUGUGCAGUGAUGAGCUUUUCAAGAACUCACCAAAGGUAUGGUCAUUCUGAAAGGUUUACAAUCACAUUGCCUGAGUACUUGUGGGUGACUUUGGAAGCUUAAACUGCACUUUCAGGGAAGUGUGAAAGUGCUGCUGAUGGAUUGGAACAACAGGUACAUGUCCAGGAAUUGAAGAGAUUGAAGGAUGUGGUUCUUGAAGUCUUCUGAUGGCUGGCAGCUUUGUUGUGUUUGGUGAUGUAGUUAUGACUAAAUUCUAAUUUGGACAAUGGAGAAGGUCAUGCCCAACUCCUCUGGUCAGAGGUUUCCAAAUAAUAUCUCUGUUCAAACCGGCGAGGAGUUCUCCAUGGAUUUUCUUCAAGAUCGACCCACCCAAAAGGGAACAGCUCUUAGACAUGAUUUUCCUCGUGGUCUCAUGAAAAGGGUUGAGUUCGAUGCUGAUCAGAAUUUUCAACCAAGUUAUGAGAAAAUUACUGAUAUUCAUGGGUUCAGAAGAUCUGAUUCUGAUUGCAAUGCUGUUGUUUCCAACACUUUAUUGACCAAAGGCACACAGGAUGCCAAUUUUGAUAAAAGUGGCAGAAUUCAAACAGAAAAUGACUGUAAGAUUCGUGGAAACUCUGUGAAUGAGUUUUCUGAGUCUAGUUCUGUUUCUGAGAUUAUGCAAGGUUGUCAUCGUCGGCUUCAUGAAUCUGGGACUUCAGAUGGCUCUUUUUCCGACAAGUUGAAGCUCCUUUGCAGCUUUGGAGGAAAAAUCUUGCCCAGGCCUGGUGAUGGGCAACUGAGAUAUGUUGGUGGUGAGACGCGGAUUAUUUCAAUCAGAAAGAAACUUUCUUGGAGAGAACUUGUACAGAAAACCUCCAGUAUAUGCAACCAGCCUCACACUAUUAGGUAUCAGCUUCCUGGUGAAGAUCUCGAUGCUCUUAUCUCUGUUUCUUCAGAUGAAGAUCUUCAGAAUAUGAUGGAAGAGUACCAUGGACUUGAAAAGGCUGAUGGAUCACAAAGGCUUCGAAUAUUUCUAAUCCCUUUGAAUGAAUCUGAGAGCUGUUCACUAGAUACAAGAGCAUUGCAUAAUAGCUCAGAGUAUCAUUAUGUUGUUGCUGUAAACAACAUACUUGAUGCAAGUCUUCACAAAAGCUCAAGUGGUAACAGCUUAUCGAGUCAAUGGGGAUAUCAGUUAGAUGGUUCUCCAAGGUUUCAAAACGACUCUCAUGGUUUUGCUGUGUCUGAGGCUACUGAUGGGACCCAUGCUCCUAAUAUUCUGGGGAGAUUCCUGCAUCACCCUGCUUCUCCAUUGUUCAUAAAUCCACAGGCUGCUGGUCUAUCACCCCCUUUUUCUCCAAAGCCAAUUCUGAACAGAGAUUCCAAACAUUCUCAGAAACAAUCAUUUGCAGAUCAGCUUAAUGUAGAACAGCCAUCUGACAAUUAUCAUGCCAUUGAUACUGGAUGUUGUAUACAUGGCCCAGCAACAAAACUUCAUCCAAACAUGCUCUAUGACUCUGAGACCCAAAUUAGACCUUAUGGGGUGCAUUUUCAAAAUCACAAGCACACUAGGGAUUUAGGACAUUCACCUAUUUAUUGCAAUGAGCCCAAUUUUGGCGUGUAUUCCUAUGGCGAAGGGCCUGGCCUGAAGGAGCGAGGAUUUCAUUCUGAAAUGUUCCCAAGGGAGGAAGACUCAAUGAGUUGGAUGUUAGGAUCCAAUGGUUUAGAUGGCCCUGUUCAAGGUAUGCCUCAUGCAUACUCUGAUUCUUCGCUUCAAGAACAAGGUGUCAAAAAUGCUUCAAAUUUGACAAAAUUAGUCCCUACCAGCUUGGAUUUAACAACACAACCAUCUUCUCCGAAAUUACACCAAACUAACUUUGAAGGAAAAGGAUCACCUUUUGUUGAAAAUACAGAGAAAAUCAAUUCCAAGCAUCCUUUCAUAUUAGAGAGGGCAUUAUCUGAAAGUUCUUCAGCAAGAGGGCAUGCUUUAUAUAUCAAUAAUGAAAAUCUAAGUGGGAGAAGAGCUGAUGGAAGGGACCCUGGGCUGCAGAUAUCUCAAAUGGGGCAUGGAUUGGGUUGUGAUGCAUCAAAAGGGAUGGAUGAGAAAGAGUUUAUUAUACCCAAUGACAAGGACGUUUAUCACAUUGACCUCAAUGCAGUGGCACAAGAAUCUGUGACAUGUAAGGGGAGACUGCUAGUUGAUAAUUACCACUUGAGUGGCAAUCACAGUACUCAUGUUUCUCGAAGAGAAUUAGAAAUCCUUGAAAGUUCAGUUUCUGUACCGUCACUUCUUGUUCCAAAUACUCAUUCUGAUCACAAAGAGAACUCCCUUGGCAAGCAAUUAGAGAGAGGCAUAGAUGAUAAGUUGAAACAUUUAAAGAGCAGUGGCAUAGAUGAAUCAUCUUCAACUGCAUGGUGUAAAACUUCUCCAGGAUCUGAGAUCACGAAUGGAAUUGCUGCACACAAGGCCAAUGAGCACUGUAAUGGUAUAAAGCACAAUGAUCUAAUGUGUAACUCAUCUAGUGAUCCUUUUUCUUAUCCUCCACCUGUCAUCAUGCCCCAAAAUUCAAAGAAUAACCUAGAACCAGGACUAGCAAGUUCUGCCAAUUCUGCUCCACUUGUUAGGAUCCAGGAUUCUGAUCCAACCUUAAAUUUACAUCUCGAGGAUCCUCCUUCGUGGUCCUUGCCUCAAAAUUCAGUAGUGGGCGAUAAAGAUUUGAGGAGAGAAGUUUCUCUCCUUGACCAAGAUAUUGUCAACAACCCUGGUUCAAAUUUGAGGGAUAUGCACCAUGGUACAGAUUGUUAUGAACAUCUGAAUGGUGUAGAAACUGAACCUCCAUGCACUUCUCAUGAUCAAGUUCUGAUUGGUGCUGCAAUCACAGUUGAAGAUGUGACUAAUGGUGUUCCUUCAGGCAUUCCAGAGAUCCGAAACAUUGUUCCUCAGGUACAUCAUGAGGUCAUUGAUGAUGUGGACACCAGUGACACCUUAUCACUAAAAGAGAAUGAUGUGGAGAACAGUUAUCUGGAUUUGGAACAUGAGGAUGCCAAAGUUGACGGAGAGACAAAUGAAUCUAUGGAUGCAGAGAAAGAAGCUGGUAUAUAUGGCUUGCAGAUUAUAAAGAAUGCUGACCUUGAGGAGAUACGCGAAUUGGGUUCGGGCACUUUUGGAACUGUUUACUAUGGAAAAUGGCGAGGAACUGAUGUUGCAAUCAAGCGUAUCAAGAAAAGUUGCUUUGCUGGGAGAUCAUCUGAGCAGGACCGGUUGACAAAAGAUUUCUGGAGGGAGGCCCAAAUCCUUUCCAAGCUUCACCAUCCAAAUGUCGUUGCUUUUUAUGGAGUGGUUCCAGAUGGUACUGGGGGAACAUUGGCCACGGUAACAGAAUUCAUGGUGAAUGGUUCACUGAGGCAUGUCCUUCUUAAGAAGGAAAGAGCACUAGAUCGUCGGAAAAGGCUUAUCAUUGCAAUGGAUGCAGCCUUUGGGAUGGAAUACUUGCAUUCAAAGAACAUUGUUCAUUUUGAUCUGAAGUGUGACAAUUUGCUGGUUAACAUGAGAGAUUCUCAACGACCAAUAUGCAAGGUCGGAGACUUUGGACUUUCACGGAUCAAGCGAAACACCCUGGUUUCUGGCGGUGUUCGGGGAACACUUCCAUGGAUGGCACCUGAGUUAUUGAAUGGAAGUAGUAGUCGGGUUUCUGAUAAGGUCGAUGUUUUCUCAUUUGGAAUAGUGAUGUGGGAAAUCUUCACUGGUGAAGAACCAUAUGCUAAUAUGCAUUGCGGGGCAAUCAUAGGCGGAAUUGUGAACAACACACUCCGGCCACCAAUUCCCGAUCGGUGUGACAGCGAAUGGAGGAAAUUAAUGGAACAGUGUUGGUCACCCGAUCCCUUAGUGAGACCGACAUUCACCGAGAUCACUAAUCGAUUGCGUGCAAUGGCAUCGUCUUUUCAGCCAGAGGGACACAACCAGAUAAACCGAUGAAGUUCGAGGUUUUGAACCCUUAAUUGUCCAAAACCAUGUUCAGGAGCUCUUGUGCAGUUGCAGCAAAAUAUAGUUCAAAAGUGCUUCUUUCAACUCUUCAUGUGGUCUUCAUUCAAUUCAGUCCCUACAACCAGAGUGAAUAGUAUAGGUGUGUGAAUUACUCUUUUGCCCUUAUAAAAUGUAUUCAAUUUAUUCUUUUUGCCAGAUAAAUGUAUUAUUGCUCCCAUGUAAAUUAUAUAUUUUUGCCAUUAAAAAAAACAAAAAAGAUAUGUCAUUUUGUGAUUGUUUUGUAUGGGAGCAUUUUGGAUGUAAAGACAAGCUAUAUGCUAUUUUUAUUGUGUGAUUUUUG